AUGGCGUCAUCUUCCAACGCCGCAAGGCUAUGCAUGCUUGCCUGCCGACGGGCACCUGUAUCGCGGCGGUUUCCCCGGACGCAGCAUGUCGCCCAGCAAUGCGUCAGAUCGUUCAGCACGACUCCCAUUCAGCGGGCCGACGGCGCACGACGGGGCAAGCACGGCGACGACGCCGACGCCGACGCCGUUCAGCAGCUGCACCUCAAGACGAUGGAGACGUCCUUUGCCGAGAGCGCCACCCCCGAAGGGCUGCGGCAGCUCGACGAGCUGGCCAAGAGCAACGGGCACACGACGAUUGACGAGUUUCUGGAAUCGGCGCUGCAAAAAACGCCCGGCUGGGCGGCCGAGGACAGAGCGCUGGACGAGGAUCUUUUCAAGGACGACCAGGGUGACAAGCCCAACAAGUCUUCUUUCUGGUUCGACGAAGAGGACCCCGAGACCAACACGGAGGAGCACGACGAGUUUGACGAGGACGACAUCACAUCCAUGGCUCACGGAAAGCUCGAGGAGGUGCGGGAGAUGCGGCACUACGCACGACUAGCCGUUUGGGAGAUGCCGCUCCUUGCCCAAUUCGCCAAACCGUUCGUGCCGCCGACGGACAAGCAGGUGCUGCGAUGGCGCUACACCACCUACAUGGGCGAAUCCCACCCGGCCGAGAAGAAGGUGGUCGUUCAGUUCGCCCCCGACGACCUCAAGCUCACGGCGGUGCAAACGAGCAAGCUCAAGAAGCUUGCGGGCCCGCGGUACAACCCCGACACGGAUCUCGUCAAGAUGAGCUGCGAAAGCUUCGAGCACCAGGCCCAGAACAAGGCGUACCUGUCGAACCUCGUCGACGACCUGAUCGCGGCGGCCAAGGAUGGCAAGGACACCUUCGAGGACGUGCCUUUGGACUUGCGGCACCACAAGGUGGAGGAGAAGCCCAAGUUCCCCAAGGAGUGGCGUCUCACGAACGAGCGACGGCUGCAGCUCGACGAGCAGCGGCACCAGGCGGCCUUGGCCGACAUGAAGAGGGCGGAGGAAGGCCUGCUGGUCGACGGCCGGAAGGCGAUCGAUGGGUACCUGAUGCAGAAGUUGGCCGAGGAGGCCGAGAAGAAGAAGGUGGCCGAGCUCGUCGUCGCCCCCAGAGCCAGCAAGUCACACGGCGGCGCGAACCGGGCGAGGCGCAGGGGUGUAUUCAUUGUUAGCAGAAGAGCUCCAAACGCCGAACCGCACAGCACGAACCGCAAUGCCAAAAUUGGCGCUGGCCUUCUGGAAGGGUCUACUGUUGCCCCGCGUGUCCGUCGGCCUCUGGGGCAAAUCCAGGGCUCCGACUGGCCCGAUCGGCGCUGGAGCCGCGGUGUCGAAUCCAGGCCUAGGAUCACCCAGGACAGGUACAUAGGUACCUGGGCGUACCCAAGCACCCACGCACAUGUAUCUUGCUCUGUGCCUGGCAAGCUUCUGGGCCGAGCUUGGGGCCUCCUUGGCACUUUCCGUUCCGAAGCACCCUCGGCGCGGUGCAAGCUGCCGUCCGUCCCUUGCGCUUGCCCCCCCCCCGAUUGGGGGUCGCCGCCGUUCCGUCUGGCUUUCUUCAGUGGCAAACGCCUUGCCACCCCCUCCCUCGCCUUCUUCCUGGCACCUGCCGCCGACGUCGUCCGCAGCCACGCCUCCUGCUCCAAGAUCCUGCGCCGCCGCAUCGCCAUCCGUUCGCCGUUGUUGCACGGCACCUUCGCUGCCGACUUGGGGACACUCGACCCUGCCCUUGACCCUGCCCUCGACCCUGCCCUCGACCUCGGUGACGGUCACGCCACGCCGCUUUCCCGCUUCCCCUGUCCAACCACCGGAAGCCAUCGUAUCGAGAAGCCCAUCAUGGGGUCCGUGAAAGAGGCGAUUCCUCCCUUCGAGGCCACGGCCCUGGAUGAUAUCCAGGCCCGGUAUCAGAACCUGCGCACGACGUACCGAAGCAACCGCACCAAGGAUUUCGAGUUUCGCAAGAAGCAGAUCCGCCGCCUGUACUGGGGCCUCGUCGACAAUGCGACGCUCAUCGAGGACGCCCUGCUCAAGGACAUGGGCAAGUCGAGGUUCGAGGCCCACCUGACGGAGAUCGACUGGUGCAAGACCGAGUGCAUCAACGUGGCCAACAAGCUCGAGCAGUGGGCCAAGGACGAGUCCAUCGUCGACCUUCCCCUCCAGUACUGGCCCAUGAAGCCGCGGAUCCGAAACGAACCCCUCGGCAGCAUCCUCAUCAUCGGUGCCUUCAACUACCCGUUCCAGCUCAACAUCACGCCCCUCGUCGGCGCCAUCGCCGCCGGAAACACCGUCGUCCUCAAGCCGUCGGAGCACUCGCCCCGCUCGGCCAUGGUGCUGAAGAAGAUCUUUGACGAGUACCUCGACAACGACUGCUACAUCUGCGUCAACGGCGCCCUCGACGAGACCAAGUACCUGAUGGACCUCAAGUUCGACAAGGUCGUCUUCACCGGCGGCAAGAAGACCGGCGCCAUCAUCGCCACCAAGGCCGCCCAGUCCCUCACCCCCGUCCUCCUCGAGCUCGGCGGCCAGAACCCGGCGUUCGUGACGAAGAACACCGACUUGAAGAUGGCCGCCCGCCGUCUCAUGUGGCAAAAGUGCCUCAACGCCGGCCAGGUCUGCCUCUCGCACAACUACGUGCUCGUCGAACGAAGCCUCGUGGACAAGUUCAUCACCGAAGUCAACGCCGUCUACCGCACCUUCAUGCCCAACGGCGCCAAGGAGAGCCCCGACUUCUCGCGCAUCGUCAACAAGACGCACUUUGACCGCAUCAAAGCCAUGCUCGACAACACCAAGGGCAAGAUCGUCAUGGGCGGCGCCGUCGACGAAUCCGAAUUCUUCAUCGAGCCCACCGCCGUCCUCGUCGACAGCAUCGAUGACAGCAUGAUGGCCGAGGAAAGCUUCGGUCCCAUCUGGUCCAUCAUGCCCUACGACUCUCUCGACGAGGCCAUCAAGGUGGCCAAUCAAGUCGACCCGACGCCCUUGGCCCUCUUCACCUUUGGCUCGGACGAGGAGAACCAGAGAGUGUUGUCCAACGUCACCUCGGGUGGCGCCACCUGCAACGACGCCUUCUUCCACUGCAUGAUGAAUGCCACCCCCCUCGGAGGCGUCGGCUCGUCCGGCACCGGCAGCUACCACGGCUACUACUCCUUCAAGGCCUUCAGCCACCAGCGCGUCAUCGCCCAGGUGCCCAACUGGGCCGACAAGAUCCUCCGCGUCCGCUACAUGCCCUACUCUUUCGCCGAGCUCGUUCGCUUCCGGAAGCUGGCCCCGACGCCCAACUUUGACCGUGAUGGCAACGUCACCAAGGGACUCAAGUACUGGAUCGGUCUCCUUCUCACCCUUGGCGGAAAGAGCGCACCGGGGGCCGCCAUAAGGUGGGGGAUCCUCCUUGCCGUGCUUGCGACCCUUGGGCUGAAGAGAAGCUCGUUAGGCCAGUAG